GGCCAGGUCUCCUGUCCCGAUUCAGACAGCGGACCGAGUUUCCUCUUGAGAGCCAGCCCUUCUCUCCUUCACUCCCCUGCUCCUUCCGCCUCUGAAGAAGACCGAUUCGUUUCCGGCUUCGGUGGACUUUCUCUGACCAUGAACCGGAACUCCGACGAGACGCCUUCUCAAAUCCCGGGGAAGAGCAGCCCGCUCCUCUCCCUUCCCCUCUCUUCGUUGGAGCGAAGCGCCCGUCCGCUGCCGCCUCUCCCCAUCCCUGAGAACUUCCUGCACGACGAAGUGGACCGAGAAGUGGAAUUCCUGACCAGUUCGGAUACCGACUUCUUGCUGGAGAAGUGCGCGAGUCCCAGUUUUAAGCUCUCGGCUCAGGGGAGGCGAAGUUUCAGGGGCUGCGGCCAGAUUAACUACGCCUACUUCGACGCUCCGGCAGAGGCGAAGCCGCAACAGCCCAGCUGUCCCGAGAACACCUGCCCACCCCCUCCACCGCCGCAACAACUUCACCGCCGGCUGCGCCGUUCUCAUUCCGGCCCUGCGGGGUCCUUCAACAAACGGUCGGUCAGGGUCCCCAGCCACCUCUGUCCCUCCUCGCCCAGCUCCGACGACGACAAACCCGAGGUUCCCCCCAGGGUACCUCUUCCCCCCCGGCCCCUCAAACCUGAUUACCGGAGGUGGUCGGCUGAAGUGACCUCCGGCGCGUACAGCGACGAGGACAAGCCGCCCAAGGUCCCUCCACGGGAACCUCUGCCCUGGAGCCAUUCUCGGACGCCGAGUCCCAAAAUGUUGCCGGCGUAUCUCCACGGGGUCAUGCCCCCGACGCAGAGUUUUGCCCCGGACCCGAAGUACGUCAGCAGCAAAGCUCUCCAGAGGCAGCACAGCGACGGCUCGGCGCACAAAGUACCCUGCAUUCUCCCCAUCAUCGAAAACGGCAAAAAAGUCAGCUCCACUCACUACUACCUCUUGCCGGAGAGGCCCCCUUACUUGGACAAAUACGAGAUGUUCUUCCAGGAAGCGGAGGAGGGCGGCUUGAGGCCGGAGGAGGGAGGUCACGAAGCCGCCACGCUGGUCAAGGCUGACUUGGGAGGACUCGUCAAACGCAAACAUUUGGCGUGCAUGGUUUCUCCCUAGGGAAUUUCAGCCAGCGUUGAAACGAUUUUGAAUCCGGGAACGACAGCAACUCCUCCUUCCAAGGACCCUGUGUAGAGACUUAGCCGCCCCUCGGCGUAAGCACGGGUAAGCGGAGUGGCCAGUGCUGGAGCCUCCUGGACGGCCGGCCAUGGUGGCCACAGCUCAACUGCCGACACACAGGCGGGGGUGGAGUGGGGGAGACUUGGAAGGAGAACACGUCCUACACAACUGAAGUUGGCCAGUUAAUUGAACAUUCUAGAGCUGCGGUCUCAGGACGUUUACGGUUUUACGAACCGGUGGCUGGCGGUGAGGAUGGCACGGAGCUCCCUUUGUUUGACCGGCGGCCACGCACGCGUCUGCCACUCGCACAAAUGGCGUUGCGCGCG